AUGGCUGACCAGGGAGCCGUGGCGCAGCUUCUUGCGGCAACCUUGGACCCAAGGCAAAACAAGCAAGCCGAACUUGCGCUGAAUCAGGAGGAGAAAAAACCUGGGUACUCUCUACAGCUGCUCCAAAUCACCGCAACGGAAUCCUAUCCCUACCAGACUCGUCUUGCCAGUGCGCUAUACUUUAAGAACUUCAUCAAGUACAACUAUGUUGAUGAAGAAGGCAACUACAAGCUCCCCCUUGAAGAGGUUGCGACCAUCAAGCGGGAGUUGAUCAACUUGAUGAUCUUGGUCCCCAAGGCUAUCCAGUCUCAGCUGGGUGAGGCUGUCAGCAUGAUCGCUGAUAGUGAUUUUUACGAGAGGUGGGAUACACUUGUGGAUGACCUCGUUUCAAGGCUUCAAUCGAAGAACCCGGCUGCCAAUAACGGUGUCCUACAAGUCGCACAUUCGAUUUUCAAAAAGUGGCGACCCGCGUUCCAGUCCGAUGCGUUGUACACAGAGAUCAACCACGUUCUGGAUCGAUUCGGAAAUCCGUACUUGAGAAUCUUGGAGGAUCUUGAUGCCUACCUCGAAGAGAACAAAUCGAAUAAGGAGAAUCUCGUUCUCGGAUUCGAGCAGCUCAACCUGAUGAUCAAAUUGAUGUACGAUCUGUCUUGCCACGACCUGCCUCCCAUGUUCGAAGAGCACAUUUCCGUCAUUGCCGGCCUUUUGCUCAAAUACCUCACCUACGAUAACCAAUUGCUCCACACCGAUGAUGAAUCAGAGGCCGGAGUUUUGGAGUUUUGCCGAGCUGGAAUAUUCGAGGUCUUGACCCUUUUCGUGCAGAAAUUCAUGGAUGAUUUCAAGCCUCAUGUAGAUGGCUUCGUCCAGAGCUCUUGGGCCUUCCUGGCCACCAUCGGGCAAGAAACGAAAUAUGACAUCCUGGUCAGCAGAGCUUUGAACUUCUUGACUUCGAUCGUGAGCAUUCCAGAGCAAGCCGCUGUCUUCCAGGACGAAACCACCCUCAGUCAGAUCAUCGAGAAAGUCAUCUUGCCCAGCGUCAGUCUCCGUGAAUCAGAUGAAGAACUGUUUGAGGAUGAACCCAUUGAAUUCAUUCGGCGGGAUCUCGAAGGAUCCGAUACCGACACGAGACGGCGGGCUGCUACCGACUUCUUGAGAAAACUUGCGGAGAAAUUCGAAGCCUCAGUGACGAAGAGCGUGCUCAAGUAUACCGAACAUUACCUUGCUGAAUAUGCCAAGGACCCAGCCUCUAACUGGAAGGCGAAGGAUACGGCAACCUACCUUUACUCCGCCAUUGCAGCAAAGGGAGUUGCCACUGCGAGCCACGGAGUCACCGCCACUAACUCGCUGGUCAGCGUCGCUGACUACUUCCAAAAAUACCUUGCUGCGGACCUGGUAUCCGGCGACGUCCACCCCAUUCUCAAGAAAGACGCGAUCAAGUAUCUGUACGUCUUCCGCAGCAUCAUCACAAAGGAACAGUGGCAAGAAGUGGUUCCAAUGUUGGUGAACCAACUGGGUGCCUCGAACUAUGUGAUCUACACUUACGCUGCUAUUGCUGUUGAGAGAGUCCUCUCCCUCACAGACAGCACGAACCAGCCCAUCAUCGCACCUAGUUCCGUGACUCCCCUUGCCAAGGACCUUUUGGAGCACAUCUUUUCCUUGAUCGAAAAGGAUCCGUCCCCACCUAAGUUGCAGGAGAAUGAGUUCUUGAUGAAAUGUGCCAUGAGAGUUUUGAUCGUGAUCAAGGAAGGAGUGGUACCGUUCACCGAUACUAUUCUCCAGCAUCUCAUCAACAUCACUCAAGUGAUCAGCGAAAACCCGAGCAAUCCCAAAUUCUACUACUUCCAUUUCGAAGCAAUGGGAGCUUUCAUUCGGUUUGCUGCGCCCGCUAACCCCGAGAAGCUCGAGCAAGCCCUGUACCCUCCAUUUGCCGGAAUCCUCCAAGGAGAUGUACAAGAAUUCAUGCCCUACGUGUUCCAGCUCUUCGCCGCUCUCUUGGAAGCCAAUCCGUCCGGAACCUUGCCCGAUUACUAUCAGAAUUUGAUCGCGCCCAUCCUUUUGCCUGUUAUGUGGGAUCCGAAAAGAGGCAACAUUCCUGCGCUCGUACGCCUUUUGUCGUCUAUCAUCCCUCGUGGUGCUCAAUACAUUCUUGAGAACCAGCAGCUCGAGUCUGUUCUCGGUGUCUUCCAGAAGUUGAUUGCACUGAAGGCCUACGAGAGCCAAGCCUUCGACCUUCUGGAGGCUGUGGUUGCAAACUUCCCACCCGCCACCCUUGAGCAGUACUUCGUCUCCGUUAUGAGCAUCAUUCUCACCCGCCUUCAAAACCGCAAAACAGAAGGCUUGUCACUGCGAUUCGUCCGCUUCUAUCACUUCAUCUCUGCACAUGAUGACAAGGGCUACAGCGCUGAUUUCUUCAUCCAAGUUGUGGACAAGGUGCAAGAAGGCUUGUUUACCCCCAUCUAUCUGAACGUCAUUCUGCCGGAGACGCAGAAGCUUGCUCGCCCGUUGGACCGCAAAACGGCGGUGCUGUCCUUCACCAAGACUCUCGCCAGCUCAGAAGCCUUUGCCACUCGCUACAAGAAGGGAUGGGGCUUCACCUGCACGGCACUGCUGAAGCUGCUGGAACUCCCGCCCCUUCCGGCUAGCAAGGAGGACAUCAUUGCCGAGCACGACGUGGAAGACAUGGCAUUUGGCGUAGGUUUCACGGCUUUGAACACUAUUCGGCAGCAGACUGUGGACCCGUGGCCCGACACGGGCGCGGAUCUCAAAGCUUGGGUUGGCCAGUACUUGAAGGAGGCGGAUAAGAAGACCAACGGACGGGUUUCUGCAUUCGCCCAGGAGCGCCUGGAUGCCCAGGCUCAGACGGUGCUCAGCAGCUACAUUGCAUGA